UUAAAGUUGUUUUUCUUUUUAAAUUAAGCAACAAGGGGUGCAUGAACAAUAUACGUGGGUAUCCCUCACGUACUUUAUCCACGGCACAAAGAAGUGCGGUUAUUACACGUAAGCCGACAAACACCGGUUUUCAGACCUUGCAUUCUUUUGCACCUGCCUUUCCUAAGGGAACUUCAGCUCGGUUGGCAUCUUCACAGUGCAAAAUCCUAGACACUGCUGCUGCUUCUGGUAGCUUUUAUUUGCCAGCCUUAGAGUCCCUGGCCAGCAGUUCAGAGCAUCCUGGGGCUUCCAAGCCUCCCCUAAGCUCCUCCAGUAUGACAUCACGAAUCUUGCUACGACAGCAGCUCAUGCGUGAGCAGAUGCAAGAGCAAGAGCGUCGAGAGCAGCAGCAGAAGCAGCAAGCAGCCCAGUUCAUGCAACAGAGAGUCCCAGUCAGCCAGACACCAGCCAUCAACGUCAGCGUGCCCAGUAGCCUGCCCCCAGCGACUCAGGUACCAAUGGAAGUCCUCAAGGUGCAGACUCACCUUGAAAACCCAACCAAGUACCACAUUCAGCAAGCCCAGCGGCAGCAGGUGAAGCAGUACCUUUCUACCACUCUUGCAAAUAAACAUGCCAACCAAGCUCUGAGCUUGCCCUGCCCAAAUCAGCCUGGUGAUCAUGUCAUGCCAUCUGGAACGGGAAGCAGCGCACCAAACAGUCCGAUGGCUAUGCUCACGCUUAACUCCAACUGUGAAAAAGAGGGCUUAUAUAAAUUUGAAGAGCAAAGCAGGUUAGAGAGUGAGUGCCCGGCUCUGAACACGCACUCACGAACAUCAUGCAUGCAGAUGGAUGAUGUUAUUGACGAUAUAAUUAGUUUGGAAUCGAGUUACAGUGAAGAAAUCCUUGGCCUGAUGGAUCCGGCCCUGCAAAUGGCGAAUACGUUACCUGUAUCUGGCAAUUUGAUUGACCUGUAUGGCAACCAUACAAGUAUGCCUCCAGGGCUAAACAUCAGCAACUCUUGUCCUGCUAAUCUUCCCAAUAUAAAAAGGGAGCUGACAGCAUGUAUUUUUCCUACAGAGUCAGAAGCAAGGGCAUUGGCUAAAGAGAGGCAAAAGAAGGACAAUCACAAUUUAAUUGAAAGAAGAAGAAGAUUUAAUAUUAAUGACCGCAUUAAAGAACUAGGCACUUUGAUACCCAAGUCAAAUGACCCGGACAUGCGCUGGAAUAAGGGAACUAUUUUGAAAGCGUCGGUGGAUUAUAUCCGCAAACUGCAAAGAGAACAGCAGCGCACAAAAGAACUUGAAAACAGGCAGAAGAAAUUGGAACAUGCCAACAGGCACCUCUUGCUCAGAAUACAGGAGCUUGAGAUGCAGGCUCGAGCACAUGGACUUUCCCUUGUUCCAUCUACCGGCCUUUGCUCGCCUGACGUAAAUCGGGUCAUCAAACAAGAAUCUGUUAUCGACAACUGCAACCCGGAUAUCGUACAGCAUCGCACAGAUCUUUCUUGCACUACUACCCUUGAUCUUACUGAUGGUACCAUCACUUUCAGCGAUAACUUAGGAAACGUGACUGACUCUAGCAGCGCCUACAGCGUUCCCACAAAAAUGGGAUCCAAACUGGAAGAUAUCUUGAUGGACGACACUCUCUCCCCCGUAGGCGUAACCGACCCGCUACUUUCUUCGGUGUCACCUGGCGCUUCAAAGACGAGUAGCAGGCGAAGCAGCAUGAGUAUGGAAGAUACUGACCAUACUUGUUAGCAGAUGAUGCUCAGCAGUCUUUCAUAAACUGCACCGUUUCCUGAUCAGUAGAUGAAAUAAUUGACCUUUUUAGGUUUUCUUGAUUUAUUUUUUUUUCUUUUAAUAUAAAACUACUUGUGCUUCAUCAGUAGCCCAGUAUGUAUGUAUGUAUAUAUAUAUCUAUAUAUACACAUAUAUCUACAUACACAAUUUCUUUUUUAGGAUUUUGUGAAAAGACUUGUAUAUUCUAUUUUAAAACUACCAAUGCCUCCAAAAUAUUGUACAACACGUGUACAGUGUCUGUGAACUGGAUUCACCGAGAACUUUGAACUGCUCGAAUCUACUCAAGCAAUAGAAUUACAAAUCAAGGGGCUGUUUCUAUUCAGGGGGGAUUUUAGGUAUCGGUGUAAUGCAGCCUGCUUGCUUGGAAACAAAAUGUAAAGUUUAAAAAAAAAAAAAAAAAAAAAAAAGAAUGUAAAGAAACCAAAAAAUGAUCCACUCCGUAAUCAUGUCGUGUUGAUUUGAUAGUGCUGCCUUAAAGAUACAGUGUCCUUCAAAGUUAGUUUAGUCUUUAUAUCACAAGGUGUUUAAAAAUAUUACUAUUCCACUCAAAAGUGUUUAAUGCAUCCUGAUUGUGUUGAUUCUGAUAUCAAAUGUUCCUGAUUAUUGUUGCUAAAAAAGGAGAGAGAAUGCAGGGAGAUGUAAUCGUCUCCGUUUCUUGGAGUGCUGUUAUUUUUACGCUCGACUGAGUGGCUUUUCUUUCUGGUCACGGUUCGCUUUUUCUUUUUUUUUUUUUUUUUUCUGAGGCUUUUAUUUUGGAAAAGAGAUUUAUAACCGUUUAUCAACAAUAAAGCAUGAAGGAGCACUGUAUAGCUGGUACACAUUUUUUUCAGACAAAAUUCAAUGCAUUUUAUCAAGGGGGCACAUUUUGUUGUACAUUUCUAAUUGGCUUUACUUUUUUAAAAAAAAUGGUGUUGUACAGUUUAUUUUGAUUUGCAUGGAUUCUUCAGUUUUCCUCAUUUUUGUUUUAAAUAUAUUUGUAUUUCAUUUCUAGGAAUUUUGCCUCUUAAUAUUGCAACGUUUUUAAAACUCACUGGAAGUUUUCUGCAUUCUUUGCAAACACUUGAAAGGAAGCUUUUAUGCAGGGUCCUGUGUUUUAAGAGAGAUUUUAAAGAAUAUUUUGUAUAUUACAGUCUCACAUUGGAAAUGUUUUUAAACACGGUUAAGGUAUAGCACAGAUUUAGACUAGGAAACAAAGCACAGCUCUGUAGAGAAACUGAACUUACAUAUUUAUUUUUAGUGAUACAGAGAGAAUAGUAAUAUGCUUGAGAACCUGAUAACUAUGUAGUUAAUAUGCCCGUUCUAGUAAUUGGUGUUUUAUUUCAGCAAUGUGGCUGGUUUAAAAACAGAGCAAAUUACUGUAUCUGCAAAUAACUGUUACUUGAUAACCAUGUUAUUAAUUUUUUUUUUAACAUGCAACAAUGUUGUAAAAGUAGUUUUGGUGCAUUAUCUACUCAAGUGUAGUCCUAUGCAAUACCAGUAGUUAUACUUGUAUUAUAUCAAGCCUACUUGUUUUUACAAAGAUGGCCUAUGUGGUGGUGUUACAAGCCAGACGGAUUGAAUGGAUUUCUCUAUAGCAGCCUACAAUUUAACUUGCAAGUGGCAGAAAAGCAUAUCUCAUUCAGAAUGAAGUGCCUUAAAUUCUAGUAGUAGUCUUCCUGGACUAGCACUGACUGAAGUGUGACAUAGGAGAGAGUUUUGGGGUGAUAUUUAUAGGAAAUUGGAGUGUGGCCUGGUGCCCAUGGAGGAAAGGAGAACUGCCCAUUCUCCCUCCUUGUGUGCUACACUGGAAAUAUUUAAUCAAUCAAUCAUCGGACGUGGAGAGCCAACUUGGCUCUCCAUGAGGAAACCUUGAGCGUGGUAGUUAGUGUUCAGAAAUCAACUGUGAAUCUAGUAGUAAGGAAAGAUGGAGGACAAAAUGUCAGGUGUUGGAGUGGCAGGUUCACAUGGUUUUUAAUCAAUGCUGCGUCUGUCGCAUGAACAUCUGGUUAUGAAAAAUCCUUGAAACCACUGCCCAGUCCUGCUUCCAUCCAAGUCAGCAGGGUUUUGUUGACGGGGGACUCUGGCUGGGCUUGCUUUCUGUUUUGCACCUUCUCAUGGUACUUUGGCAUUGGGGGCUAAAGUUGCUCUGGGCAUUUUUGACGGUCUCCUUUAUUUGCUUAGCUCUUCCAGCAGUUUGCUGUGCUAUCCCAUGUCUGUACUUGCACAGCUUGCUGUAUGUUGGCAUCAAUACAAUCAGUGUCGCUAUCUUGGGGGAGGACAGGAGUCGGAUUACAUCGGCGCCUGUCUUUUUACAUUGUUUUCUAGCCAGCUUGGGGAUUGUUUGCUUUCUGAGUUACACCAGGAGUUGGCCCAGAGCACUUUCAUCCUAUGGGUCUCCAGCACUCUACAUCCAGCUCUUCAUAGUACUCAGCAAUGCAGUAGAAACCUCUUUAUGUACUGUGUGGCACUCUGCCCAGCAUCUGUGCCAUAGUGUAGUGACCAUGUGUGCAGUUGCGUGCUCCUCUUGCAACAUGUUAAUGGUGCCAGAUGAAAGGAAGAAAGGGCAGUCUGAACAACGAUUCAUAUAACAAAGGGUCACUUGCUUCCCUUGAAAUGGUAGAAGUUGAGCAAAGGCAGUAACCACAGCGCUGUACGACAGAAAAGGAUGCACGUAUUAAUGCACGCAGGUUAGUAACCGUUAAAGAUGACCAUGGUGGUAUCUGAGGUGACCAAGCUACUCAAGUGGGAGCUUGGAUGAAGGUACGUAUGCAUGUGUCCAGCUUAUCUGAUCUCUCUGCUGCCUAGAAGAUGCAGUCCCCUACUUGCAUGCAGUUUGCAGCUGGUCCUCAUACGCACAGAAGUCUGAGGAUGCUGGAGCUUACCAGAGGCUGGAUUUUCUUGUUAGAAGAUCUGUGGUCUGCAGCAACUAAAGCAGGCUGCAGUGCUGCACCUGUAUGUCGUGCUCCUCCAAGAUAGCAGACCAUGCUGAACACUGCACUUCAACCGAUUCCUCUCUUUUAUCCCAGACUCCUUUAGCAAACACCGCCGCACGCCCAACUCCAAUUUUCUGCAUGGAAACAUCUGAAUGUCCCAGUUUGGGGUGUCAGUAGCAGUUAUGGCCGUUUCAGGAAUGUCUUAAUUUCUGACGCAUUUAUUCUCUGUACAGCAUGUGUGUCAUGGAGCUUAUGGCCUUCAGUGUUUUUACAUAGAGAGUAACCAGAGUGAAUAGACAGGCAAAGUCAUUGGCCUGAGGCAGGACAUGGCAUCAGCAAGAUGAAUAGCAGCCCAACGAUAGCGAUUUGUGCAGACGUUUGAUGUGUAGCGGCUGUGGCCCGCCUGCCAAAAAAACAUGGGUCAGCCCUGGUUAGCUGGCCGGGGAGUUGGAAUACCAAGCAAGCUUCACUUUGCCAAAACCGUACAACAAACGUGAUCAUCCUGGAUAUGAUGAAGUGCUUCCUGAUUGUUUUUAGUCUAUUAAGCAAUAUUAAUUCUGCAACCUAUAAAAAGCAAGAAAGGAAGUGAACAAGGAAAAAAAAAAAGAAGCAAAGCACAAAAUUAAUGCACUUACAUUUGUUUGACAUAAGAUGCACUGGGGAGAAGCUGAUGUUGAUACUAGUAUAAAAUGACCUAUAUUUCUUGAAAAGGUGACAUUAAUUACUGCCUCUUGCUAUGAUGCUUGGUACUGUAAUGUUGUUAUUCACCUGCUGUUGACUACAGCAAUAAUUCGUGUCUGGUCCAUAGCACUGUAAAUUAUGGAUCAAUAUUAAUGUAUCCAAUGAAAUAAUUUGAACUGUUGUUCUUGAGAGAUGGAUUAAAGCAUUUUGGUUUUUCA